AUGGUGAUGCUGCAGUCGCCAGCGCAAAAGCCCAGCGAUAGCAUUGGGGCACAGCCCACGGCCGUCGGCGGUCUGAUGAGUCCGAAUUCAAAUCCUGAUUCACCCAAGUCAAACACCUCGCCUGAGCUAGCUAAUGUGGGCAGCAAUGCGGGUGCAGAGGGGGUGUCCGUCUCCAGCAGCGCCUCCAGCGCAGCAACAACCAUCAGCGCACCAGCUGCCAAGUUACCCAAGUUUAUGAUAGGCGCCAGUGGACAGACUGCCAAGCAGGAGCAGGAUCUGCGCUACUCAAUUGAACGUUUAAAGCAAAUGACCAGCGAAUCUGGUAUGCUCAGUCGCUUGAGUCCAACGCAUGAGGAUGCAGAUAAGGAGAAAAGUAACCACAACAACAACAACAAUAAUAAUAAUAAUAACAAUGUUAACAAUAACAACAAGAACAAUUCACGCCGAUCGCAGUCACCGCCAGCGAAUGUGGGUGGCUUUCCGUUGCAAGCACAACAGCGCAAGCUACUGGAACUAAACGCAGUGCGUCAUUUGGCACGACCGGAGCCCUUGCAGCAUCCCCAUGCGGCACUGUUGCAGCAGCAUCCGCAUUUGUUGCAGAAUCCACAGUUUCUAGCCGCUGCCGCUCAGCACCACCAUCAACAGCAGCAACAGCAGCAGCACAUGCACCAUCAUCACCACCAUCCUGCACACCCACAUUCACAUCACCCAGCAGCCGCUGUGUUUCAUCUGCGUGCAACUGCAGCGUUGCCCACGGCCACUAGCAAUGGCAGCGGCACCACUGCACCACCAUCGCCCGCUACCUCGCCACUGUCGCCACCCACAUCGCCCAACACAGGCACAGGCAGCAGCCAAACGACACAUUCCGAGCCACAAACGGGAUCGCCUUUGGCCACCGCAAUAAUACCAGCAAAUCCGUCACAUUCCGCGCUUCCAGCACCGCCACCGAAUCCACAGCCACAGCCUCCAACAUCCGCCAACGACAUGGAUCUGGAGCGCAUUAAACUGGUGGCAGCGGUUGCCGCGCGCUCCAGUCAAAGUCAAGCGCCCAGUACAUCCACCGCGGCAUCGACCAGCUCCUCCUCCGCCUCACCCUCUGGCCGUGACCUAAGUGAUUACGGUUUUAGAAUACAACUGGGCGGCCUGGCAGCUGCAGCGGCUGCUGCGGCGGCCACAUCUCGCCAGAUUUCGGCUGCUAAUUAUGCGCGCAGCGACACCAGCGAAGAGCUGAACGUCGAUGGCAACGAUGAGGACAGCAACGAUGGCUCCGGUUCGCACAGCACACCGUCGGUCUGCCCCGUAGAUUUGACGCGCUCCGUGCCGAAUAGUGCCAACAGUGCAGGCACUGCAUCUACCAGUGGAGCUAGCGACAGGGAGGCCACCAAGCGUCUGGCUUUCUCCGUGGAGAAUAUAUUGGAUCCCAAUAAGUUUACGGGCAACAAAUUGCCUGCAACAGCGCCACCCUUUGGACAUCCGCGUCAAUGGAGCUACGAGCGAGAUGAGGACAUGCACGAGCAUCUGGAUGAUGAGCACAGCGAGGAUAUGUCUGCUCAGGAUCUAAAUGACAUGGAUCAGGACGAUAUGUGCGACGAUGGCAGCGACAUAGACGAUCCCAGCAGCGAAACUGAUUCCAAGAAGGGCGGCAGUCGCAAUGGCGAUGGCAAGUCCGGCAGUGGCAGCGGUGGUGGUGGCUCCAAGCCACGACGCGCACGCACCGCCUUCACCUACGAGCAGUUGGUUUCGCUGGAGAAUAAGUUCAAGACGACGCGCUACUUAAGCGUGUGCGAGCGUUUGAAUUUGGCCCUCAGCCUGAGCCUGACUGAAACGCAGGUCAAAAUCUGGUUCCAGAAUCGACGUACAAAGUGGAAAAAGCAAAACCCAGGAAUGGACGUGAACAGCCCUACCUUGCCGCCACCCGCUGGUGGCUCCUUUGGACCUGGCGCCUACGCCAGUAGUCUACUCUAUCCGCACGCCGUGCCCUAUCCGCCGUACGGACCAUAUUUUCAUCCCCUUGGCGCGCACCACUUGAGCCACUCGCACUCAUAAAAUUGUAAGAUGCAACAGCGUUUGUUGCA